AUGAGCAAGAUUCGUGAAAUGAUCUGGAACUCUGGAAGGUAUGACGCAAAUCUUGUUACAAAGGCAAACGAGCUUCUCUUCAAAAGCUUAGGAGUUGAAGUCUCGCCAACUUAUGAUACAGUUUCAAAAAGCAAGCUCGAUAACAUGGUCGAAUCUAUUAGCUCCUCAACCGGUGUCACAUUGUCAUCCAUAUGGUAUAAAUUAUAUUUGAUUUGUGAAGAAUUCAGAAGGAGUGGUCAGAAACCAUUGUGCUUACAUCAAACGAAUGUUUCAACUUUUAUCAUUGAGGCCAACGGUGUGGGCGUUCUCAGAGAGCUGCAUUUUUUCGAGGAUUUCUCGGGUCAUCCAGCUAGUACAUCGUUGAAGAGCAUACUCAAGAUUGUCAGAGCUAGAAUAUCAUCAUCCGCUUUGAAUCAACUUCAAUUGUUUUUAGAGUCUGCUUCGGAGUUGACCGAACUACAAAUCGGCGAAAAAGCGCAAGAAUUACUAGAGGGAAGGUUCAAAGAGCAUGAAUUAGGAAUGCUUCUUGAAAGUCUCGAUGAGCAAACACUUGAGUUAAUCGAAGAUUUGGUUUCGAAACCAUCUAAAAGUGACAUUGAAGGCUACGUUGAUUCCGAUGUGGAACUUGAUGAAUUUACUCGGAUGUAUGCCUAUCAGUUGAACGAUGCUUUCGAUGUUUUAAGACAUGUGCUUUUCUCAACCAGCUUUGAGCAUUUUAUCCUAAGAUUGAUUAUUCGACUUAUCAAUUGUGGUGAAUGGGAUUUGGCAAAAACAAAGUUUGUUGCGUUCUUAGACACUGAAAAGGUUGCACAGAAGUUUGUCUACGGUCUCGUGUGCCUUUUUACUGAUGAUUUGGUUACGUUUCAUGACAUCGUUGGGGACUUCGAGAAUUUUAGAUUGUUCUGCGAGUCUGAAUCCUUCGUCAAGGCUCGCCCAUUGCUACAAGAGCUGCCUUUCUUGAAAUGCGUGCUUCUCGACGAGGCUUUCGAUACUGAAGUCGAGGUGAAUCGAGCAGCGCUUUACAAUCACAAACUCUCGGAGAUGUGCGAGAAUUACUCGGUGGUGCCCAACAACUCAUAUGAGAAGCGACAAGAGAUUAUUCGUCUUGGAGUCCAAUUUGAAGAGAAUGCUGUGAAACUACUUGAUUCGUCUUCCCAAUUUGACCAUCUUCGUCUCGACUUCCAAAAGAAGCUUUUUCAUUUGUCAAUCCAGAUGCAUGAGUUUAAGGGUGCUAUCAGAGCCCUUGAGUCGUUACUGCAACAAUUAACCGCUUUAGAACUAAGGUGCUCCGUCCUCGCUUUACUCAGAGCUUUGGUAGAUAACGACAAGCAGAAUCUCUUGUUCGAAGCUCUGUGUAGUUUAUUUUGCGAAAGCAAUCGUUCGGUUGUGGACAAAAUACUAUUGGAGGAGGCGAAUGAAGACCUUGUGCUUUGGAGGGCGCUCAAAUCCUAUGAGCUUCUUUAUUCAUGGCGCCUUGGUGCCUUAACGCAAACGAACUCAAACACUUGUGGUGAUAAGCGUGGUGCAAGUGAGGCUCUCUAUAUAUUUAUCACGAGAUUUCGAAUGGAGAAGGAAGUGCUCAAAGAUGCCUCAAGAGCCAAUGACGAUUACAGAAAGUUCAAAUUAAAGAUUCUUGAGCUUUACAUGAUUAUUAUCAAUUGUCUCCAAUCAUUUGACGACUCAAGCGAAAUGUGGAUCAAAAAGAACAAUGGCUUUGAAGCUUGA